CACGCCCAUCUCAUUUACAUAUUAUAUGCGCGCGUCGUGUGACGUCACAAAAUCCCGGCGUUUAUAUAGUGGCGGGCGGCAGAAAAUAGCUCAGCAUAGACAGUCGCUCAGACCAACAAGCGAAGCUACAAAAUAAACAAAAAAAACACUGACUCUGCACUUUAAUAGUGCAUCGACGGAACCGAACCGGACUUACGUUACUUUACAUUUCUUACGUUCGUUUUUUUCAUACCGACUCGCAAACGUGGCGAAAAGUAUUUUCCAAACGAGUUUGGCGCUGACCAUGAGCACGGAGAUGUUCGCUAAAACGCCAAUGGAGGUUGCCGUCUACCAGCUGCACAACUUCUCCAUAUCGUUCUUCUCCUCGCUGCUGGGAGGAGACGUCGUGUCCGUCAAACUUGACAACAGUGCCUCUGGUGCUAGCGUGGUGGCCAUUGACAACAAGAUAGAGCAGGCCAUGGACCUGGUCAAGAACCACCUCAUGUAUGCCGUGCGCGAGGAAGUGGAGAUCCUCAAGGAGCAGAUCAAGGAGCUGGCAGAGAAAAACAACCAGCUGGAGAGGGAAAACUACCUGCUGAAGAACCUGGCCAGUCCGGAGCAGCUGGAGAAGUUCCAGUCCCGCAUCCCGACUGACAGUAUGGACAAUCAGGUGAUGUCGGAGCAGCAGAAGCAUCAGCAGCAGACGUGUAGCCACACCGCAGGCUCUGCUGUAUAAGUGGCUCUGCCUUGGGGCGGGCAGAGCCACUGUCCCUUUUCCAGCAAUGGACCUCCCAUGUUUUUGCGUUGAAUUGCUGCCGCUGAGAAAAUGGCAAUGAGGGCCUUGUGGCCGCAAUACGCCCGAUGGGACUUCAAAAAGUUGACUCUGAUAAGCACAAAACUUCUGACCGGCGCAUUGUCAGGUCCGUCCUCUGAUCCCGUCCACGUCUUCGCUGCAACGUCAACAAGCGCUAAGAACCAAGAGAGGACAUUGCUUUCAGACAACAGGGUCUGAGUGGGCACCCGUCCGGCGGCCGCCCUUUUACGCUCUUGACCGGGCUGGUCCUGCAAGGUGCCGACUGGGCGUGCGCGGCGGCGGGUGAGGCGACUUCCUACUCCACCUGAGAACAGUUCUCCCGGUCUGGACGGGCCGUGAGGCCUCCAGUUUGCGGGAUGCGUUCGAGAUCCAAAUGCAACUUUUCAAGGAUUCCCCAGCUCCACAUUUCAUCCACAAGGACAUUUGCUCCCGUGUGUUUGUUGACGUUCAUUAACAGAAAUAAUCAACAGGAUGAGCUGAGGGGACGCUCGUCACGGUAUAACGAAGCCUGGCGGAGCGACUCUUAUACUGUACUGAUUCCUAAUCUGUAAUCUAUUGUCUGCAGUUGGGGCUUGCUGCUUUUAGGGGGGAUUCAUCCUUGCCAUAUCUUCGUUUUCUGUUUCUUUUAUAUUAUAAGGAUGUUCCUCUGAGAUCACUUCAUCCACACUGAAGGCGAUAAACAAACAAGCAAUGGACUCAUCGACUCCAUCCUUGAUGCCAACUUGAAAACGAUGGCAUGACGACAGUGCCUGUACUUAAGGAAAGGAACACGUUUCAACUCCGAGCUCUGCUGACGCUGUUAUUCUCAAGCUACCAAAGACUGUUUUUUUUUUCUUCUCAAAACAGCAGCAGCAGAAAGACGAGCCGACAACCAGGACCAUGUGUUAAAAGUUCACAGGGAGAAGUUAGUCCUCAAAGUUUCUAUGUGUUUUUGUAAAGAUAAUGGUUUUGUUGCUGUACAGUAUCCAGACUACAUUUGUUUGAUACGCUCUUUGGAUACAACUGCACAUUCGCAAUAAACCUUAUGUUUACAUAAU